AGGUGGUGCAGAUUGGAUAAACAGAAGGAACUCCUCAACCGCAGGGGGACAAUAUCUUGUCCAUAGAAAAGCAUGAGUGUUGUUUGCUCCUGUGACUUGAAUUAGAAGACAUAUAUUAACUCCAGGAUCUAUAUAUCUGAACUGAACUGAGCUCUCCUGACAGUCUCAUGUUUGAUGUGAAAAUGGAAGAACAAAUGAGCAAUUUGGGAUUCAUGCAGAACUCACCCCGACUUCUCCUUGCUGUCUGAACUGCUCGUCAUCAUCACUCACAUUCAGACUGAUGGACACCCAGGAUCAAACAUUUUCAGUGGGGACAGGACUGCUGUCCAGGCUGACACGCAUGAUGCACUUUGGAAGGAGCAGUGUUGGGCCUGCAGAGUCCAGCCCCAGCAGCCAAAGGGCAGAGAACAACAUGAGGAGCAGGAGCAGUGAUGGUCAGCUAGCCCUGGCUGCACAAAACACGAACAACUGCAACAACAAUGAUGGUAAAAAAGAUGCCAAGAAAGAGGAACCUAAAAAGGAUGAUAAGAAAGAUGACAAGAAAGAUGAUAAAAAGGAAGCACCAAAGGAGGUGUGGAUCAUGGACCCUGCCACAGACAUGUACUAUCACUGGCUGUCCACAAUGGCCAUCCCAGUGUUCUACAACCUUAUCUUCCUAGUGGCCAGGUCUUGUUUUAAUGACCUGCAGAAGACAAAUACAACGCUGUGGAUGGUUUUGGAUUACACUUCCGAUGUCCUCUACUACACUGACAUCUUCGUGAGAGCCAGGACAGGUUUUCUGGAGCAAGGCCUUCUUGUAAAGGAUGAGAAGGUCCUGAAAGAAAAGUAUAUGAAGACAAGUCAGUUCAAAUUAGACAUUAUAUCAAUUAUUCCCACAGAUUUUAUAUUUCUCAUAAUUGGAAUUGAUAACCCAGAGUGGAGAUUCAACCGUCUCUUUAGGUUAGCCCGUCUUUUUGAGUUCUUUGACCGGACUGAAACUCGAACAAAUUAUCCCAACAUCUUUCGAAUUGCUAAUCUUGUACUUUACAUUAUCAUCAUUAUCCACUGGAAUGGUUGCCUUUUCUUUGCCAUCUCCAAGACGCUUGGCUUUGGCUCAGACACCUGGGUAUAUCCAGACAUAAAGAAACCUGAGAAUUCUCGCCUGGCCAGGCAGUACAUCUACUGCUUUUACUGGUCCACUCUUACCCUGACAACUAUCGGUGAGACACCACCCCCAGUCCGAGACGUUGAAUACUUUUUUGUGGUAGCCGACUUCCUCACUGGGGUUCUGAUCUUUGCUACAAUUGUAGGCAAUGUUGGAGCCAUGAUUUCCAACAUGAGUGCUGCACGUGUAGAGUUCCAGGCUAAGAUUGACUCUAUAAAGCAAUACAUGCAGUUUCGGAAGGUCACCAAAGACCUGGAGGUUAGGGUGGUUAAGUGGUUUGACUACCUGUGGACAGAGGAGAAAACCUGUGAUGAGAAGCAGGUGCUGAAGAAUCUGCCAGACAAGCUAAAGGCCGAGAUCGCCAUCAAUGUACAUCUGGAGACUCUAAGAAAAGUACGCAUCUUUCAAGACUGUGAAGCAGGUUUGCUUGUUGAGUUGGUCCUUAAACUUCAGCCUCAAGUUUUCAGUCCUGGCGACUACAUCUGUAAGAAGGGGGACAUUGGCAGGGAAAUGUACAUCAUCAAAGGAGGAAAGCUGGCUGUGGUGGCAGAUGAUGGGGUUACCCAGUUUGUGGUCCUAAGUGAUGGGGCAUACUUUGGAGAAAUUAGCAUCCUUGGUAUCAAGGGCAGUAAGGCAGGAAAUAGAAGAACAGCCAACAUCAGAAGUGUGGGCUACUCUGAUCUGUUUGCACUGUCCAAAGAUGAUCUGAUGGAGGCGCUCACUGAGUAUCCUGAUGCAAAAAAUAUGCUGGAGGAGAAGGGAAGGGCCAUCCUGAUGAAAGAUAAUCUCAUUGAUGAGGCACUGGUCAAUGCUACUGACGCCAAAGACUUGGAGGAUAAAGUCAACCAGAUUGAAGCCAGUUUGGAUGUCAUGAUGGUUAAAUUUCGAAAGCUGAAUGACCAGUAUGAAUCUUCCCAGCGUAAAAUCAAGCAACGGCUCACUAAUAUGUCGAACCAGGUCCGAACACUCAGAGUAGACAAUGAGUAGAUCUUGGCUUUGGACUACUACUGCCAGUCUUAGUGAAUGUUCAGGACAAAACUUUCAAGUUCAUCUGUGUUUUAGGAUUUUUUGAACACACCUAAUACCAUAUGACCAGAAGCUAAACAGUGGCUGACUCCAUUAAUUUUCCCCACAUAUGGUCAAAAAAAAAAGGUUGCCUUUUUGUUUACCAUCCUCAUGAACACAGAUAUUUAGAGGGCUAGGUACUUCAAUACUUAAUAAAUAUUAACUGAAUUGUGUCCCUACUGAGUAUCAAAAAACCGAGUACUGUUUACAACCUUUAAACAGCGGUCCCUGAUCGUUGCUCUACGGUCUCGAUUGGUUAAAUAAAAAAAUUAAAGUUUUUCACUGAGUAAAAAAGGUACCAAUUUGGUCUCAGAACUAAACUUUGUCUCACUAUUUGCAUCUGUCAUUUUAAGAAUCCGAUACAUUUUUGUAAUACAACUGUCAAUAUGCCUAGAUCUUCAGUAAAGUGUAGUUUCUCCCACACUGACCAACAUUUAACAAGUAUGUGAUUGAACUAAAUACUAUCCUUUUCAUAAUCAUUUGUGAUAAUUGCAGCAUGAUUUAAAAAAAUGACCAGAAGUGCUGCGUCCUGGGUCUGUUUUUCAAAACUGUUUCAAAUAAAUAAAUAAUUUAAGUCAGUCUGUGUCUAUUUUCAUCGGAAGCAGCAGCCGACUAACAAUGAGUCCAUUUAGAAAGUACAUUUUUAACAUUAUGGGACUAUUACUAUAAAGGAAGAUAACCCCAAUGCCUCAUUAAAUCUUUGGAAGAGUCAGGGUUAAUUCCUUUGUAUGCUGUUUUUAUCUUAGAGUAUACGUGUACUUACAGGGUUUGAUGGGCACACCCCCAUCUUCUUUGCUUUUUUCUUUGUGUUGAUAACUGCAGGUCAGGAACCAAACUUGAUUCACAUCCGGAGGCAUUAGAAAAUGAAUUGUAAUGACUUUAGUAAUCCCCUGACUUUUUAUCUAGAGCCAGAAGCUGGUCAUAAUUUUCUCUUAUCCAGUGGUAAUAUCGCAACAUCUUUUGGAUGGAUUGGCACAGAACUUCAUUCAGACACUUGGGGUUCACAGAGCAUAAAUCCUACUAACUCCAUUGAUCCUUGCAUUAUUAAAUUUCUCUAGCCCCACUAGAAGGCCAAUACUUUUGGUUCAGAUUUAAAUGUCUCAACAGGAUGGACUGACAUAAAAUUCGGUAUGGAUGCCCCCCUCAGGAUGAAAUCUAAUAAGUCAAGUCUAGCACCAUCACUAAUUCAAAAUUUAAAUUUAUGUCUGAAUACCUGCAAAAAUAAUACCAUCACAAUGGGGAUGGUGGUAUUUUUGCAGGUAUUCUUUAUACUUUGUGUUUUUUGCUAAUUAUCUAAUAUUAGCAUGCUGACAUUGUCAACAUUACCUGCUACAUACCAGCAUGUUGUUGUUAGCACAUUGCUGUUCACGUGCUAGCAUUUAGCCCAACACACCACAUCACAGCUGGCUUGGCUUCAGACUCUUAGCCUUGUUAAAGCCAAUAACAACUCAAAGUGGUCCACAAAGGUUAGCGUCUUAGCAUGACAUACAUUUCAUGCUUGGGAUGUAAAUAUUUGAGUGUAUUCAGUGGACAAGGUUUAAUGAUAGACGUUUGUCUGUGCUUAAUAAUAAUAAACAGCUAAACAUGGGUGAGAUUCAUUGUCAUGAUACCAAAGGACCUGUGGACUAAAAUCAGGAUUAAAAGGCAAUACAAGUUGGAAAAAAGCUGUCAUCUUUAUUUAGCAUGUUUUCACAGCACUGAAUACUUUCAUCAGUUUGUAUCUUUUAGAAUGUAACUGUUAAGUCAAACCAAUGAAUGAAAACUGCUUCCCUUUCCAAAAUCAGGUUGACUUUUUACCUUUUACCUUCACGAGCCUCUAGAGCCCUUUCACAUGUCCAUGUAAGCAUCUUUAGCAUUACAAAACAGAGGUACAAAGUAAUGUUUAACAGCUAAAACCAGACCUGGGGCUUAACACAGUUGUAAGUAAUCCUUAACCUUUGUUUUAACAUACACAGUUUCACAUGAUUGAAGUUACUGCAGUAUAACAAUUCCAGCUAAGUUGUUAAUCGCACAAACAUACAGUAUGCUGUAGUGACUUUCCAACACAGUCCACUGUUUGUCCACAUUUCCAGACACUCCAUGUACUGUCCAAAGUAAC